CUAAGCCAUCCUUCAUAAAAAAGAUAUCAAAACGACAAAACGGUCAAACGAACGAGUAAAACACUUCUAAAAACACACACAACAACCAAUCGACAGCAAGAGUGAAGAUGCUGAYGACCAAAAUACGACCCUUUGCGACACGCAUCGGUAGAAUUUCGCACACCAAUGUUUCGUCGAAAACAGUCACUAAGAUGAUGACCGCAGCGAACRCAUUCGACACCCAUGCGCAGGCUUUUCCAACCCAUCGUCGGCUCAUUACAACCGACCAGGAAAAGAACUUCCAAGAGCUGGGCUUUCUAGAUGCCGAGGGAAUGGUUGCCUUUAAUACCCUUCACGAACUCCAAGCAAAUAGCUCACGCGUCUUCUCAAAAAACGAAUUGUUUGGGACCUAUGACAAAGAGUCAAAAGGUUUUAAUUUCAUGACAUAUGACGASUACAAUCAGAAAGUAAAUCAAUGCCGAUCGCUUUUGAAAGACUUGGGUGAGUAAAAACGAAGAAAUUGCAAUCGGUUUAACUACGUAUGCGACUGACAGAGUCUUUUUUAUUCACCUAUUUUGAUUUCUCAUCACUUUUUUACACCUUCUUUUUCGAAAUUGAUAAUGCGAAGGGAUUAGAGAAUUCGCAAAAGUUGCCAUUAUCGCCAAUAAUCGUUGGGAGUGGGCUACCAUAGCAGCUGCAACCUAUUCGUUGAACGCUACUUUGGUACCCAUGUACGAAGCUCAACUUCCUUCUGAUUGGACCUAUAUUUUGAAUGAUUCGGGUGCCCAAACAGUWUUUUGCGCCACUCAAGAGAUAUUCGACAAGGUUCGAACGGAAGUUCUGCCCUCAACGCCUACUGUCAAGUCAUCCUUUUGUUUGGAUUCCUCUUUAGGAGAAUCUCAUGGAUUCCAAACAGCACUGUCRUUAAGUGAAAUAGACAACGACGGAACUCAUAUUAUUGCUCCUACUCCUGAAGACCUUGCUGGUCUAAUUUAUACAUCAGGAACGACAGGAAAACCAAAAGGCGUUGAAUUGACUCAUUUGAAUUUCUCCUCCAACGUCAAAGGAGCGACUCGUAGCUUAGUGAAGAACCCAAAAGAAUUUAUUAACGAAUCUGACCGAUCCCUCUCUUUUCUUCCAUGGGCACACUCCUAUGGACAAACUUGCGAGUUAUGGUCGCUCAUGUCUAGUGGAGCAUCCAUGGGAAUCGGUCGUGGUGUUCCUCUUAUAUUGGAAGAUUUACAGCUAGUGAAGCCGACAAAUUUAUUCUCGGUUCCAACACUGUACAAAAARGUUUUUGAUGGUGUCCACAAUUUGAUGGAGACGGCCCCCCCUCUCCGUAGAAAAUUAAUGAAGAAUGCACUAGCGAUGGGGGAAGCGAAGGUGGCAGCCGACAAGAGCACGAGGAAGCAACUCGAUCCUUUCGAAAAGAUCAAGUUCGCCGUUUUGGAUAAACUUGUUCUAUCAAAGAUUCGAGGUCGAUUCGGAGGCAAUCUCSUCCGUGGAUUUUCUGGUGGAGCUGCCUGUCCUGCUGAAGUGAUCGGAUUUAUGGACAGCAUCGGUAUCCCGAUCUGUGAGGGAUAUGGCCUUACCGAAACGUCUCCUAUUAUUACACUGAAUGUACCGGAAAAUAGAACUGUCGGAAGCGUGGGACGCCCCGUUGGAGRUGUGACUGUWUAUAUUGUAGAUAAGGACGGCAAUUCAGUUCCCCCUGGGACUGAAGGAGAAAUUUGCUGUGUUGGUCCAAACGUCAUGAAAGGGUAUUACAACAAUGCAGAAGCUACGAACGAGGUUAUCAGCGUCGCACCUGAUGGAAAAUCAAAAAUGUGAGUUCAUAUUGGAAAAAAAACUCGGCAUYCUAUCUGCCAAACACAAAAUUUGUUUAAUAUGUCUCGAAACUUUUUUAUUGCAAUAUCACGAUGUUACGAGUAUUCAUGAUUUUUGUUUUGAUUUUUGUCGGUGCGCUUCAAUCAUUCUUCGCAGGUUUCACACAGGUGAUAUGGGCACGUUGGAUAGUAAUGGAUGGGUCAGAGUCACCGGCCGUAUCAAGGAGCAGUAUAAGCUUGAAAAUGGAAAAUAUGUAGUUCCUACGCCCAUUGAGAGUGCAAUAAAUAUGAGUCGCUUUAUAAAUCAAGUAGUCCUAUGUGGAGCCAAUCGACCGCAUAAUGUUGCUCUCCUUGUUCCCGAGUGGCCUGCCAUUCAAGCAGAGCUUGGAAUGGACGAUGCAACAGAUAUUGAACUCGCAAAYAAUGAAGCUGUGAAGAAGCUGAUUGAUGAUGAAAUACGGCAUACCUGUGCUAAGUUGAAGAAGUUUGAGAUACCAAAAGAAUGGGCAUUUGUGGCGCCCUUCACAGCUGCAAACAACAUGCUCACUCCAAAGAUGAGUAUUCGAAGACACAAGGUCAUGGAUGCCUAUGAAGAACUGAUAUCAACCAUGUAUAAUGAUGAUGCCAUCGUAACUGAAGCCGCUGAUGGAGCUCUCAGAGAAGCUGCUUGAUAAAGUGAUUCCCGUGUGUGUUKUACAUAAUACCUACAAAAACGAAAUAUAURAAUUUUGCUUAC